GUGAAUUUUCUCUUGUUGUGCAAAAAUUCCGUGGAGCGCUGCACCUAUUAGAAGGAGAGAUAACCUACACCGCUACUGUCACUCUAUUAUGAAUUGAUGACAGUUCCGCUGGCGAGGAGGACCUCUACGCGAAAAGUGGACUUAUAUUAUAGUUCGUGUGAAAUUGUCAUUUCCAUAAAAUGGCAUUCAAUAUGCUAAAUUCGUUGGCCCGUAAGGCUACAACCGCGACAGUCCGCGGCGGUCUGCUCCAAAAUAUUGGAGCGAUUGGUGCUGCAAAUGCAACACAAAAACGAGGAGCUGGAAAGUGGUAUCCUGAUCCGGAAUUCAUUAAACAAUUCGGCGGUGCUGUGAUGUACCCCGACGAGGUAACAUCGCUGUGGAAGUUGCCGCCCUGGAACAGCAAAGUGGCUCCAGUUGAGAAGGCUGUGCGAAAUUUAACCCUCAAUUUCGGUCCUCAACAUCCAGCGGCUCACGGUGUACUCCGAUUGGUUUUAGAAUUGGACGGUGAAACUGUUAUGCGUGCUGAUCCGCAUAUUGGAUUGCUUCAUAGAGGCACUGAAAAGUUAAUUGAAUACAAGACGUAUACGCAAGCUUUGCCCUAUUUCGACCGAUUGGAUUACGUCUCUAUGAUGUGCAAUGAGCAAUGCUACUCGUUGGCUGUCGAAAAGCUAUUGAAUAUUGACGUACCGCUACGUGCAAAAUACAUCCGUGUUUUGUUUGCAGAAAUAACGAGAAUCCUUAACCAUAUCAUGGCGGUUGGAACGCACGCGUUGGAUAUCGGGGCACUGACACCGUUCUUCUGGCUCUUCGAGGAGCGUGAGAAAUUGAUGGAAUUCUAUGAGCGAGUGUCUGGAGCACGUAUGCAUGCCGCUUACAUCCGACCUGGCGGCGUAUCACUCGACAUGCCAUUGGGCUUGAUGGAUGAUAUCUACGAAUUUGCCUCAAAGUUCUCGGAACGUAUCGACGAAGUUGAAGAUGUCUUAACAACGAAUCGCAUCUGGGUUCAGCGUACCGUUGAUAUUGGCGUUGUGACUGCCGAAGAAGCUUUGAAUUAUGGCUUCAGUGGCGUUAUGCUGCGUGGAUCUGGAAUAAAGUGGGAUUUAAGGAAGCAACAACCAUACGACGCUUACGAUUUGGUUGAUUUUGACGUCCCAAUUGGAACCAAAGGUGACUGCUACGAUAGGUACCUUUGCCGUGUCGAGGAAAUGCGGCAAUCUCUGCGUAUUAUCGAGCAGUGUUUGAAUCAAAUGCCGGCUGGAGAAAUCAAAACUGACGAUGCUAAAGUGACGCCUCCAUCUCGCGCCGAAAUGAAGACAUCCAUGGAGGCACUUAUCCAUCAUUUUAAAUUGUUCACUCAAGGGUACCAAGUACCACCUGGUUCUACAUAUACAGCAAUCGAAGCGCCUAAGGGAGAGUUCGGAGUUUACCUUGUUGCGGACGGUUCAAGCCGACCAUACAGAUGUAAAAUCAAGGCUCCGGGUUUCGCGCAUUUAGCAGCUCUCGAAAAGAUUGGACGCAAUCAUAUGUUAGCCGAUAUUGUAGCAAUAAUUGGUACGUUGGAUGUUGUUUUUGGAGAGAUCGAUCGAUAAAGUUGAUGUUUUGGUACAUGUGAAGAAGUCUAAUAAAGUUCGUAAUCUAUAACUGAA